AUGGCUAUCAACAUCAAUCGAGAGGUUGAAGAUACCUUUUACAGGUACAAAAUGCCGAAGCUCGCCGCCAAGGUAGAGGGGAAAGGAAAUGGUAUAAAAACAGUCAUUGUUAAUGUCUCAGAUAUUGCGAAAGCUUUGUACCGAAAACCCAUAUACCUCACGAAGUUCUUUGGAUGCGAGUUAGGGGCACAGAUCCAUGUAGACGAAAAGAAUGAGCGUUACAUUGUUAAUGGGGCUCACCAAGCAGAAAAACUACAAGAACUACUAGAUGGCUUCAUCAAGAAAUUCGUGUUGUGUCAGAGUUGUGGGAAUCCGGAGACCACUAUGCAUGUGAAUAAAAGGGGCGGUACGGUUGCCACUACCUGCAAAGCAUGCGGUAGUCAGGGUCAGCUCGAUGUCACUCACAGAUUGACCCAGUAUAUUGUGAAGAAUCCUCCCGAGACGGAGGUCCCUCCGGCCAAGUCGAAACAGAAGAAGAGUAAGAAGACAAAGGGCGAAAAUGAAAGGGCCUCAGAUGAUGACAAUGAGGGCAACCCUGGCGGUGGAGAUGAAAACAGUCGCAACAGCCCUGUCAAUGCCGACGAAGAUGAUGAGGAUGAAGACUGGCUAGAAGAUACAACUGAGGAGGCUCGACGUCAACGAAUGAACACCUUGUCGGCCAUGGCGAAGUCUCUGGCUCUAUGUGACGAUGUGGAACGCUCCGAAACUGAGAGGGCCGAUAUAUUCUACAAACAUCUGUCCCAAAUGCAUCAGUCCGAUGAAGUGUUGUCACGUCGACAAGAGAUAAGGCAGGAGGCUAACCGUCUUAACCUUGGUCCACGGGCUGUACUCGUUAUCGCCGAGGUGUUGUUCAACAAUCCUUCUACCAUCCUAGCUGAUAUCAAGAAGUAUGCCCCAAUGUUGCUACUCUUCACUCGGUCUGGGGAGGACCAGAAGCGCGCUCAGAUGUACACUUGGGGUGCGAUGGCGAAACUCAUCGAGAGACAUGCAGACCAGAAUCUGAUAAACAAGGCGUGUCACCUUCUGAAGACUCUGUACGACAGUGACGUCAUCGAGGAAGAUGUUAUCCUUGCAUGGUACGAUAGAGGGCCUUCGAAAAAAUUUGUAUCCCGUGAACUCAGUGCUAAGAUACUGUCUCGCUGCGCCCCCAUGGUGACGUGGUUGAGGCAGGCUGAAGAGGAAGAGUCAGGAAGCUCUGAGGAGGAAGUUGAAGCUAGCAGCCCAAAGGUAUGUAUUUUCUCACUAGAUAAUGUCUUCAGGUGCCACAGCCAACUAA